UAUACAUACUAAGCAGCUACACAUAUUCAAAAUGGACGGCAAAGGUGUUGGUGGUGGUGGAGGAGGUGCCAAAGGAGGAGGAAGUGAUGGGGGAAAAGUUGGUGGCGUUGGUGUCCCAAGUGGUGGUGAUAACUCUUCGAAGGGCAGUGGCAGCGAUGCUGGAAAGAUGGUUGCUCCUGGGACUGGUGGAGCGUCACAAAUUUCAAGGGACUCCUUUGAAAGUAACCCCAAGGGAUAUUUCUCAGCCCUUCAUGCUAAUGAAAAGGCUAAUGAGAAGGGAAAUAAAUAGAUGCUACCAUUUUAUGUUUCAAUGUCUCUCAGUGUGUAUUGAAAAUGACUAGUUUUUUGCUUUAUGGGUUAUUAUGUGAUGGAAUAAAAUAAAGUAUUAAUCUA